AGCCUAAUGAUGUUCCGGGUCUGUCAUUAAUAAUUAUUGUGAAAGAUAACUCCUUUCAAGCUUUUCGACUGAUUCAUGCCACAAAAAUGUCAAAGAAGAAAGAAUUCAUAUGAAGACAUUACAGUAGGGAUUUUCUCCCGAUGAAUCAAUCAGGAGCACGCCUAUAUUCUGAAGCCUAUACUGGCACUCUUUGUUGAUAAAAUUAGAAUAACUGGUGCAGUUUAGUGAAGGAAUAUAUUAUUGACUAUUGUGGGGGUGCAUUAGUGAUCGGCUUACCUGCGAAUUUGUGCGUAAAUCAUCUUCUGUCUUUGUCUAGCCAAUAGGCCAGCUUGGUUCGUAUAAACAGUCACUCUUUAUCGCCUUCAGAACCAGUUCGUUUUCGCGAGUGAAGCUGCUAGCAUCGCUAUCAAGAUGUCGCAAAUUUAUAUUCUCCUUUUGUCGAUGGCUGUUGUCGGGAGCAGAGCACAAUUCUUCACUCCGACGUCGACCUCGUUCUCAAGUUCGGUGUCGAUUCCCGGCCAACAGCCCCUUGUCUACACUCACCAGACUGGGGCUGGAGGGGCUUCUGCCCUAGCCACCGCUCAGCAUCCCAACGGAUCAGUCUCACAGGUCGGAUCAAUUUCAGGGCCCCAUCGUAGGAGUCCUUUCGACAGGGAUGACUCAAGCCAGCAGAGGAUCCAGUCUGCUCCUCCGCCAUCUUUAUUUCAGCCAGUUAAUUUUGUGUCUCCUAAUGCUCCUGCUCCAUUGAUCUCAGCAGCAUCCUCAGCCCAAGCGGCCGCCCCAGCGCCCCCUCCCGGAGGCGUGACGUCAGCAUCAGCGGGCAGCCAAUUCUCGGCGUCCGCACAGCAGCAGUUCGCACCCUCGUCUGAAUACGGUCCGCCGGCCGAGGCUGGAGCACUAGUCGGCGCUUUCGCUCAGGCGGCCGCAGCUGCCAAAGCCCCCGAACCGAUCCUGGUCCGCGUACCGGCUUCCGAGUACGGCCUUCCCGGGACGCUGGUGGUCUCGAAGGGUGCAUCCCGGUCUCCCCCAGUUGCCGCGUCGGAGUCCUCUAGUCUGGAGCAUCUGGUGUUCGUGCCAGCUUUCGCUCCCGCUCCGGAAGGAUCCCCGCAGGCGGCCGCUCCUCCUCCGAUCAGUUCGUCAGGGUUCUUCCCUCCUGAGGGGGCCCUUCUUGCUCCCCCCGCGCCCGGGCCUUCACCCAGGGAAACACCUAGCCGACGGAUCAGAUUUUAAAUAAUUCAUUCCACAUGAGGAACACAAUACUAGUCCUGAGUUUUCUACAGUUCAUGAGGAUUCUUCCAGUCUUUGUUGAAUUUCCCGCUUCAUUAACCAGAUCGAACUUUUACAGACAUUAUAAUAAGUGCGACCAUAUUCAUGUAAUUCUGAUUCAGUGAUACACGUGGAUUGCGCAUAAUAGCCUUAGUCAAUUUAUCUCCGUGAUGACGAUGUGCAGACAGUAGAAAAAUGUAUUUGAAAAGUUGCCUACCAUUAAGAAACAAUCAAUUAUUGGGAUUUUAUUUUAAAUCGCUAUAUACUAUCCACUUAUUAUACUAAUAACUUUCAAUCAUUUUUUUGCUUGGACUGCCACAGGGGUCUACUUUGGGUUUCUUUCUAUGCCCUUCGUUCCGUGUAGUAGUGAUGUAUGCAGUACUUUAUUUUCACUCUCACCUGAGGAUAUAAUUACAUUUUUCUAUUGUAAAUUUACUGAAUUAAUGAUCUUUUAUGAUAUGCAUUCGAAUAUAGAAUGUUGCCAUGAAUUUUUCUAGAUCUUGUUUUUUAUCACAAAAUUAGCUAUCCUUCUAUUAGUCUACAUAGUCUAUAUUUCUAUCUAGAAUAUUAUGUAAUGAAUGGGAUAUUAUCCUGUAAAGUAUUGUAUAAUAUGUAGUAUUUUUGAUGUAUUGAAAAGUAAGAUAUCAGAAAUAAAUGAGGAAUAAUAUUGA